AUGGAUCCGAGCCUAACAACCCAUUGCCUCCGUUUUCACACCGUCAUUUCUCUUCUUACACCCAAAACGAUGUCGUUGUCUCGCAUCUUCGUCCGCGUUUUCUCCACCUCCGUCGAAUCCGACUCCACACCUACCAUGAGAUCCAUUUCCGGCCAUCUCUACAAGGACCGCAGCCUGAAGCAACUCGUCCAGAAGUUCAAGAAGUCCUCAGAGUUCAAACUGUUCCGCACCAAAAUCAAGAUAUACAAACGCACGGUCCAUCGGCUUGCUUCGGCGAAAUGCUUCAACUGGAUCGAAGAGAUCCUCGAACACCAAAAGAAGUACGAGGAUAUGUCCAAAGAAGGCUUCUCGGUCCGACUCAUAAAUCUAUAUGGGAGAUCAGGCAUGUUCGAGCAUGCCCAGAAAGUGUUUGAUGAAAUGCAUGAGCGGAAGUGUGCGCACACUGUGUUAUCCCUCAAUGCGCUCUUGGGGGCGGGUUUGAAGUCGAAGAAAUUUGACUUGGUUGGUGGGCUUUUUAAGGAGUUGCCAAAGAAGUUGUCCAUUGAACCAGAUUUGAUUUCGUAUAAUAUGGUUAUCAAGGCGUUUUGCGAGAUGGGUUCGUUUGAUUUGGCAAUUUCAAUGCUUGAUGAGAUGGAGAAGAAGGGCCUGGAGCCAGACUUGAUUACAUUCAAGACCCUUUUGCAUGGGUUAUAUGGGAAGUGUCAGUUUUCGGAUGGUGAAAAGAUAUGGGAUCGAAUGAAGAAGAAGAAUGUUGUUCUGGAUGAUAGGAGUUACAAUGCAAAGUUGCUUGGAUUGGCGUUGGAGAAGAAAACCAAAGAGGCUGUUGAGUUAGUUGAAGAAAUGAAGAGUAAGGGAGUCAAACCAAACCUGUUUAGUUUCAAUGCUGUGAUUAAAGGAUUUGUUAAUGAAGGGAACUUGGAGGAAGCUAAGCUGUGGUACAAUAAGAUAGGGCAGAGCAGCCUUGCCCCAGAUAGAAUGAUUUUCAAUAUGCUUAUUCCUUUUUUUUGUGAGAAGGGUGAGGUGGACCUUGCCUUCAACCUGUGCAAGGAAAUCCUCAAAAGGAAGUUCGUUGUUGAUGUUUCAUUAUUGCAGCUUGUGGUGGAUGGACUGGUUAAGGAGUCUAAAAUGGAAGAAGCCAAGAAGCUUGUGGAGCUGGGGAAAUUUAAUAUGCAUGCUCGUUAUACUACUCCAUUAUUCUAAUACAAUGAAAAUUUGAGUUUACAUGCCAUUGCCAUUGAGGUUCCACCCAACACUUCUACACUCAGUUGCCACAUAUAAACCCUAAUAAAACCCUCUCAAAACCCCAAAGGUUUAUACAUGAAAGGGAAGUUUAAUAAGUACCAUGUGGUGGGUUGUUUGAGAAGGUGAAGGGUGAACUCCUACCCUUUAUUUGUCUGUAAACCAAACACAGUCUACGAAGAUAGGGUAGUUUGGU